AUGUCGCAUAUGUCUCUUCCCCAGGGACCUGGGAAAACCACUCCCCGAUUUAUCCAAGAUGUCCUUUCUUACGACCCUGCAAACCCUCCCAGCUCAUCCUUCAACCUCUUGACUCAAUUUCCGCCUCCUUUUCACGAUCCCGAUAACUACCCGGAACUCAUCUCGCCGAAGGCUUGUCCCCACCAAUACAUCACAAAGGCUAACCAAACCGAGCUUCCUCCUGAAGGUUUCCAGGCUGGACUAAGGACUCCAUUCAAAGUGUCCGCUGUGUGCUUGAUCUGCCGCUAUCAUUUAGAGAUCAAGAUAACGCAUACAACAGAAGCAUCUCACUGCCCUAGCCAACUGCAUCACAUUGUUUAUUCCCACAGCGACAAUCGCCAAGAUUCAAACCCUUUCCGCCAAAAAGGCCAACGAUUAGAAGCCCAUUACUUCCGUUGUUCAUACCCGACAUGCGCUGCUGCGAUUUCCCUCAAGUUACUUUCCCCGAUUUUGACACCGCACUGGGUGGACCUCUUGACGAACACGGAGCUACUAAAAGUCAGGACCGAUGCGGCUAUGGAAGCGUAUCCGGAGCGACUAGAGGGCCACAGUCGACCAUUGCCCAUCACCGUCUUGACAAACCUUCGUACUUACAUCGAAAAUGCCUUGCAUGACAGCCAGAGAAGCAAGUCAAUAUCUAAGUCAAAUAAGCGAUUCGUUGUCUGUUUUGGUGUGGAUGGUCAGCCUUGCCAUGAGCUUUUGGAAUUCCUAGAAUUUCAACCCAGAGAAGAUGUUUGGGAACCUCCGCGUCCUAGCACAUCCGACCUCGUCCCGUAUCAAAAUAUUCUAAAUAUUUUCCUUGACAACGUGUCAAGUGAGCUUUUAGCUUUCAUCUACCGAAGACCCGCCUACGAGAAAGAAGGCCAACAACUGGGAACACCCCUCGACCCUGCCAUUGGCAAGUUCAAUCAGCUCCUUGGUUCAUCGACUUUCAAUCCAGAGAUAAGAAGGGCACCAUAUUACGAGGAUCUUGGAGUGACUGAUGACAUGUCCGCGGAUCUUAUUAUCGAGGCGUACAACCGACAGAUUGAAACCGAUCCUGGACGAAGUCCCUAUUAUCUCAGAUGUUUGCGACAUAUUGGCGAAUGGAGACGCGUCACAGAUGGAGAGAAAAUCAACAACUUGGUCACUCUUGAAUGUAGUGGUUCUCGAUACGCGGACGAUGAUAUCCCACGUGCGUACAAGUACUUCCAACUGGAUUAUGGAAACCGAAACUUGACAGAUGAUGACAUCAUUGGCUCUUUCUUUGCUCGGCUUCGCGAUACUGCUAACGACACGGAAACGAGACGACAACUUUGGAGGAUUGGAGAAAGCCGAGGAAGUGAGAAAAUCAAAUCAGUGGCUGAAGAGCGUUUAUCUACUGUAGAGCAGGCGCUGGUAUACCUUGGAGUAGAAAAUGAUACCUCUGAUGAUUUUAUUGUUUCUAUGUAUGCCGCAAAGGUUAAUGAUCAGCCAGCUACUAAAGAGCUAGCUCGGAAGGCAAUUGCCUUGAUUGCCGAGGCGCGCAAUUCCGAUUCUCUGAAGUACUUUUUAACUACUGGUGAAACAGCCGCCACAGAGAUGGAUGUUGGAGAGGCGUUCCGUCUCCUUCAAAUACCUGACCGGACUGUGGAUGAUGCUGCGAUUCUUGCUGCAUUUUCCGUUUGUUGCUCAGAGGCUCCGGGCCAGAUUGAAGCGUAUAGACGAGCUCUUGGUGUUAUCGGCAGAGAGAAAGGAAGUGCGUUGAUCAGCAGCACUCUCGGCCAAGAAUCGACGCAGGCAAACCGUGUACUGAAAGAAUGGCCUGUCGGUCUCCAAAAUAUCGGCAACACCUGUUACUUGAACAGUUUACUCCAAUUUUACUUCACGGUGACUCCUUUCCGUAAGAUGGUUAUUCAUUUUGAUGACUAUAAGAUGCCUCUCGACGAGACAAGUCUUGAGAGGAAAAAGAUUGGAUCCCGAAAAGUCUCCAUUGCUGAGAUUGAGAGAUCCCAAAAAUUUCUCCUGGAACUCCAAUUAUUGUUUAAAAAAAUGAUAACAUCGCCUACUUCCUCCGUCAUUCCUGAGCAGGAACUUGCUCGGCUAACUCUUAUUAGCUCUUCAAACGAAGCAGCCAUCCGGAGGAAAUCCUUGAUCACGAGCAGUCGGCCCAACCUUGGUGAGAUAAAUGGCAUGCCAGUUUUAGGCCCAUUAGGACCCAUAACAACUGUCACUACAGAAGUACCAAAAGAUGUGUCAGCAGGUGCAAGUAAUCAGAAAGUUGAACCUAGUGAUGGGGACAGCGAUAUAACACUUGUUUCAUUAACGGCACAAGCAGAUAAUGAGGAACUGUCGAUCGACAAUAAGGAAAAUGUAGGGCCGGCACCUCAGGAUUCUUCUAUCGACGUGAAAGAAAUAGAUGAUUCAAACCAUACGAGCGCCGCUACUGGUGAUUCUAUACGCCCGCCGUCGUCCAUGGGCCCUCCGAGCAGACCCCCUCCGGUUCCCCCUCGACCAAUAGCCUUACGGCAGGAGCCAGUAGUCAAUUACCAACAGCAACUUAGGGACGAAGUUGAGCUAGGGGCACAGCAGGAUGUUACGGAGGUUAUUAACAACGUUCUUUUCCAGACUCAGUGCGCUGUCAAACCUAUUAGAUUCGAUCAAGAUGGAGAGCAGCUCGAUGUUGUCACAGAUUUAUUUUAUGGCAAGACCGUUUCCUACAUUACGGCAGAAAAUGGGGUUCGGUCCAAGGAAGAGUCUUGGUGUGAUAUCAAGAUCGACGUUGCCACUGGAUCAAAAAACAUCUAUUCUGCAAUCGACGGUGCUUUUGAUGUACAAAAGGUAGAGGUAGAUGGUGCUGAGGUGGAACAAUACGGCACCAUCAGCAAGUUGCCUCCAAUUCUCCAGAUCCAAGUCCAACGUGUUCAGUUUGACCAAGUCAAGAAGGCGUCGUUUAAGUCGACUCAUCACCUGGCGUUGAAGGAAACGAUAUAUUUAGACAGGUAUAUGGACAGUAAUAAGCAUAAUCUGGAUGAAAGGCGCCGUGAAUGCUGGCGUUGGAAGGAUGAGCUCCGCAAACUGAGAGCGCGUAAAGCUGAGCUUAUUGAUACAGAGAGUUGGACGUGCUUACCGGAUGUCUUCACGGAGACAAAGGUGCGCGUUCAAAGCCUGAUGAGUAUAGGAGACGAUCCUGAAUUGGCAGAUGAAGCACUGGAGCUCGAUGACACUAUUUUAUAUCGUCUUACAGCAGUUCAAGAGAUGGUCCAGGAUGAAAUUAAAUGCCUCGAAGCACGAGAAAAGGAUUUAAUCGCGUUGAUUGAGUCUCAAUUCACCGAUCUUCGCCAUCUCCCUUAUCGGCUAUAUGCUGUUUUUAUGCACCACGGCUCUGUUGAGUUUGGUCAUUAUUAUAUUUAUAUUUUUGACUAUGACAAGAAUAUAUGGCGAAAGUACAACGACGGCGAGGUUACAGAAGUCCAAAGCAAAUCCGAGAUAUUUGAAAGCCAAAAUUUAACCAAUCCACCUACACCGUACUUCCUCAUAUACGUCAACGAUCGUAUGAAAGACAGACUCGUAAAACCUGUCAAUCGCGAAAUCGAAGAUGUCAGUCCUACUGGCAUCCCAUCACAGCCAGCACCAGCACCAGCACCAUCUGUAGUUGUGCGUGGUCAGCAAGCAAAUGGCCCCGGACCAUCGCAAACGAGCACUUCGCCCAGCGGCGAGAUAGAGAUGGAAGAACCCCCUGCGUACAAUGAGAUAGAAAAUGUACAUGCAGGAGCAGUGGUCAUGACGGAAGCUGAAAUUGCUGUAUCUUCUUCUCAACCCCGCAACCGACUCAAGCGGAAAGUCGACGGGGAAAAUCACACUGACGAUACCCCAAAUCCUCUCGAUCCCAACGCGACAGGCUAG